CGUCCGCUUCAUCCUUUGAAUACUCUGAUAUCAGACCAACGGCUCUCCACUCGGACCCGACUUAUCUACGUACAACAAAGGUGUGCCUCAACAGAGACGCGUCCUUGCGUAUACUACUGACAGCACACCAUACUGUUGUUGUUUUAUAAGACCUAUCAUCCUCGUUCGUUUCUUGGGGGGGUUUCUGAUCGUAGGCUCAACGCAUCGUCUCAUUGUUUCGGAGUCAUCAUUAUAUUAGCAACUAUGAGUUCUCCAACAUACGGGACGGCGUUAGCGGUCGCUUCCGAAUCUUCUGCCGCUGCCGCUGCUGCUGCCUCUGCCGCCGCCGCCGAAGAAGCAGCAUUCUAUGAAUACCUAGCGGAACGACAAAUUAGGAACUCAGAAGUCUUAGUGUACUACGCGGCCGGACUGAGUUCCCUUAUUGGCAUCUUCAUCAUUGGUCAUUGGCUUCGCUUGAUAACUGUCAGGCUCGGCUGGUCUCGUAACCCGAUACUUCUACCUUCCAUUGCUAUAGCAAGAGUUUCUAGGAGGAUAUUUAUACAAAGCCUACCUGGCUUUACCUCUAUCGGACAUGCCGCCGUAGUGACCGCCUAUGUAGCUCUUAAUGUCCUCUUUAGCUUCUACAACGUCGACUAUAGCAUGGCCACCGAUUUAUGUGCCCGGUUCGGCUGGAUGGCAAGCGGGAAUAUGGUCUUAGUAGUCUUUCUCGCACUGAAGAACACACCUUUGGCGAUUUUUACGGCUUACUCUUAUGAACGGCUUAACGGCUUACACCAAAUUGCCGGAUACACCACAUUUGUAUACACCAUCUUGCAUGGCUCUAUAUACGCGGCCUACUUUAUCGAAGAAGGAAGGAUUUACAUCCUCCAACUCGAUAUCGUCACUGCCGGUAUUAUCCUUGGAUUUGCCCUGCUCUUCUCCGUUCUCGCUGGUACGAUCUUAAGGCACUUUAACUAUGAGCUCUUUUAUAUCGCACACUUGGCUCUCUUUAUUGUUAUCGUUGUCACUAUGGGUCUACACCGUCCCAACUUCAACCCCGACAGGACGUUGUACGCGACCGUAAUUAUUGGCGCUUUAUGGUUUUCCGAUCGUCUCAUUCGGUUCUGUCGACUUGUGUAUAACAGUAUCAACAACGAAGCCACUGUCUACCCUCUUCCGAAUGGUGGCACUAGAAUAGUGCUUAAGAAGCCUCUCCUACGUGCUCGACCCGGGAAGCAUUGUUAUGUCUGGCUACCGCGAAUUCGCGCCUUCGAAACUCACCCCUUUACAAUUGUCGCUAGCGAACCUAUGGAGCUCAUUAUCAACACAUAUAGCGGCUUCACUAGGGCUCUCUAUGAGUACGCGCUAAACAACCCUGGAGCGAGUCUGAAGGUCUCGGUAGAAGGUCCCUACGGCACACUGCCCGAUCCUAUGGAUUUCGAUAGAGUCGUAUUGGUAGCAGGCGGCUCUGGCGCGACUUUCACGUUCGGAAUGGCGGCUGAUAUGCUGGCAAGAAUGUCUGAAAAUUCCAGACAGCGAAUUGACUUUAUCUGGGCUGUUAAGGGUCAUGAAAAUCUAACGUGGUUUACGCAACAUCUUCAAACCCUCAGCAGCCACGUUCACGCUCCGAAAGUCGCUCUUAAGUUGCAUCUUACUAAAUUCGCACCUACAUCGUCUAUUGACCGAGAUGACUCCAUAGAACGAGGUUCAACAUCGGUUGCCUCUGCAGAGGUAAAACCAUCGGCUCUCGAAAGGGGCCCUGACAAUUCUACCAUCAGUGCCCCCGGCUCUUCAGCCGCUACUCGGUACGAGUCCGACAAAGAUGAAAAGUAUACGGAUACAAUGCGGCAUAUGGAGAUCCCUUCAGCGGCUACGAGUACGGUGAUGUUGCCUAUUGUUCAUGGUCGGCCGGAUACAGCAGCUGAGAUCAGAGCCGCAGUAGAAUCUCUGGAUAAAGAUCAACGAGUUCUAAUCGCUGCUUGUGGACCUAAUAGCUUGACUAAGAUAGUCCGCGACAUUGGGGCUAGCUACAUCAGAGUUGACGGACCUGCAGUUGAGGUUCACUGCGAGCAAUUUGGUUGGUGAUUUGCGAUUUAUUUACGAGCAUCACGAGUCGAGGAU